AUGCAUAACAACGGAGCCGAUAUCACUAACGAACAAAUCAAUGAUUUAAGGCACAAAAUUCAGAAGAGAGACAAUUUUUUCGCAAUCAAAGACGAGAUAAUACGACAGAAGGAGAAAGUACUCGGAGAUGGUCUAGUGAGAAGACUCAUGGAAACGGCUGACUGUUUACAAUUUGCAGGUGAUUAUCUGUCGGAGACAUUAGUAGACAGAGAACAAUAUGAAUCGUUACUACAAGGGAAAAAGACCCAGCUCGAUGCAAUGAGGCUGGCAGUUAUUGAUGCCGACAACAUGGCUGACAUUAUUCAUAACUCAGCACAAUAUAUCAACAAUGAGGUUAUUAAUUUUGUGAGAUCUCACACUAAAAGCUUUCAUGGUGUCGAAUAUUAUGGGGAAACCACAGAAAAUACCACCCUCACAAACCCAAUGAACUCUCGAACAAUAGAAGGAGCUUUUCCAAAAUAUGAAAAUCAACAACUUGUGAGAUUAAUAAGAAAUAGGAUAUCCGUAGGACAGUCCCAUGUGCUUUACUUGUUACCUAACGGAAAACUCUAUUCAACAGGUUACAACACGACCUCAAGUCUUGGAAGAACAAUGGGCAUGGCCACUGGCUUGCUUCAUUAUCUUUAUCCAGUGGAGGGAUUAGAGAAUAGAACGAUUUUACAAUUUCACACAGUUAACACGUCCAGUAUUGUUCUUACUGAUGAUGGUGUUUACGUUUUUGGAUAUAACGGAGCUGGGCAACUUGGAAAUGGGCGAAAAUUUGAUGUUUCUGUGGCCACCAAGUUACCUGGUUUUGCUGGGGCGAAAAUCGCCCAAGUCGCUGCUGGUUAUUCCACCUCUUAUGCCAUCGAUGUCAAUGGUAAAGUGUGGAUUUGGGGAAGCAACUCGAAUGGUGCGCUUGGAGACAGAACUGGAGGCGACAAGGCAAGACCAUUUCCCAUGUUUUACAAUGGAACAUUUUAUGGGAAAAAGGCAUCAAGGGUUUGUGGUGGAGACACCUAUUCUGUUGUAUUGAGUACGGAUAGAGAUGUUUUUACCUUUGGAUCGAACAUGUAUGGAGAACUUGGCAUUUCCUCUUUAAUCACUAAAACAAUUGAGCCUUUGAGAAUUCCGUUAGUUGGAGUGUUGUUUAAUGAUACCGUUACAGAUAUUUCAUGUGGAUUUAGACACGUCCUGGCCUUGUUAUCCUCUGGAAAGGUUGUUGGUUGGGGAAGUAAUAACCACUAUCAGCUUGGUGAUGGUACAACCACCAAUGCAUUCCAACCAAAACUCAUUUCCAUUCCUUGUAAUGUCUCCAUGAUAACAGCAGGUUAUGAAACAAGCUUUGCUGUUUGUUCAAAUUCAACCAUUUACACCUGGGGCUUUAACUCCUAUGGUGAGGCAGGUAUUGGCAAUACCGUUGCCGUCACAAGGCCCACACUUGUCUCUAGUUUUUCUUCAGGCAAAGUUAUGGAACUAGUAAGCGCUCAAACUCAAACUUAUGUUCUCACGUCAGAGGAUAAAUUGUUUGGCGCAGGAGGUGGAACACAAACAAUGUACUUCAAUACCACAUUGACAAAUAAGUUCAGUAUAAUGAGCAACUACCUUAACCAUACCAUUCCAUGGCAAUUACGAAAAAUGCCUUAUUUUGAGGCUGCAGGAAAAGUUUAUGCUCUAGUUUCUUGGUCAUUGCCUCCAUCACGGCCUGGAAACGGAUUUAAUAUGUACUAUAGAAACAAGAAUGAAUCAGAAGCAUCAUGGAAAAUAAUAGAAUACGAUCCAGCAAACAAAAAGGGAUUUCCAGCAUCUAUUCACAAUAGCCAUUUCUUGAAAUACGAUGAAUAUAUUUACUUUUUCGGAGGAUUUGUCAAUGAUUCCGUAUCCGACAAAAUAUUUAGAGCAGCUUAUGCCGAUGUUGAAACAUGGGAAAUACUCGAUCAACGACUGCCUUAUGGUGUAGCAGGAGGAAUGUCUUUUGUUGUUGGAAAUUACUUUUACAUAUUUGGUGGAAUCAUUUCCAUGUACGACGAACGAACAGGCGACUAUCGUCAGAAUGUGACAAGAACAAUUAUCAGAGCUCCUGUGAGCAAUCUUACAGAUUGGAGCGUGUGGGAACUCAGAUAUUUACCAACCCCUCUUCAUAGUGCAAGUAUUGGAGUUGUUGGCGACUAUAUUUAUCUGUUUGGAGGAUGUCAGGAACUUUAUACAUGCAACUAUAAUAUUUACAGAGCUUUAUUGAGCGACGUUGGAACAUGGAUGGUCACGUAUGGUAUUUUACCACACUACUAUGCAAACGGUGUUUUGGUACAGACUCUUGAACAUCUUUAUUUAUUUGGUGGAUUCAGUAGCCCUACUGAUCUUGUAGGUGUUUUCAUUUCAAAAGCUCGCAAAACAGACCCCGUUGGCUCUUGGAACGCCCUUAAUGACAAGCUUCCCUAUGCACUUCCUAUCUCAGGAGGGUUUGAUAAUGGAACUCAAGUCGUAUUUGCAGGAUACGACUUUCGGCCCUCGAACACUCUAAAUCCAAGCGUUCAAAAUUUCAAUGUUAUUACUUUAGUGGAUUUUAUAAAAGAAAAUUAG